AGGAGCUUUGGGGUCAGUAGCGGACUCAUGGACUCACGGUCUGACGGGGGUUCUGGGUCGUUAUUAGAGUCACAUGAUCUGAGCAGGACGGUCUGUGCUCACUGAUGGAGUCUGUGGUCUUCUGUGGUCUGUGGUCUAAUCUCCCAGGAUUUGAACCCCCUCCUCGGCUCGGAUCAUGAUCCAGCAGACCGGCUUAUCCUCUGAGGUCUGCAGCAUCGGUCAGCGCUCAGAGUCCUGGUCCAGGAAGAGUCCGUGGACCUGCUCCUGAAUAUUAACACCAGUCUGUUUGACGUUCACAGAUCGGCAUCAUGGGGAAAGGCUGCCUGACCGCCACCAAGUACUUCCUGUUCCUCUUCAACCUCAUCUUCUUUGUGAGUAUAAACCUUCACACACGCACAUUCACCCUUUCACCGCUCCACUGACACAUGUCCGUUUAUGAGCUCAGGGCUUUUAUUGUGAAGGAUGGAGGCCUCAGUCCAGAAACUGAAGAAAUCAAACAUCCCAUCUUUUUAUUUUCAGACUUUAAAACAAUGACAUCAUCAUUAAUAUUCCCGUUAAUUGGUUUAAAAUCUCUUUCCUCUCCAGCUGACCGAUCAAAACUCCAAUCCUGUAAAUGAGAUUAAAACGAGGUUCAUGAUAGCAGGUUAAAGGCUAAUGUGUGUGUGUGUGUGUGUGUGUGUGUGUGUGUGUGUGUGAGACAGAUCUCUGCUGAUAGAGCAGGAUCAGAGCAGGAUCAGAGCUGACAGCAGGUCUUAGUCUAAUCCCUGAUUUCUAACCCUCCAUUAAGACCCUCAGUCCUUCUGUGAGUCUAAAUUACAGAUGAAGAGUUGGAGUGACCUCCUCAACAUGGUGGUACGACACAACACCACCACCCCCACCCGACACCCCCACCCCCACCCGACACCACCACCCCUCGAGGAAAACUGGAGUAUUUUUUCUUUUUUUGGCUCAUGAACUUUUAAAAUCAAGGCGAUGAGAAUAUUUAUGGAAAAGAAUCAGAAAAAAAUUAAACAGAAAAAAAUUAAAAACACAAAAAAUGAAAAACACAAAAAAAAAUGUAAGAGAAUUUUCUUAAAAAAGACGGAAAAAAAUUAAAAAGCCAGAAGAAAUUAAAAACAGAAAAUAAUAUAAAUUAGGAAAAAUUAAAAACUGAAAAAAAAAUUAAUCAGAAAAAAAUUAAAAAGACAAAAAAAAGUAAAACUGAAAAAAGUUAAAAAAAAAAAAACACAAAGAUUUUAAAAACUAAGAAAAAGUUUGAAAACUGUAGAAGUGAAGAUGGUCUCUCAUGUUUGUAGAAAUGAUGAUGAACUGAGUGAAGAGGAAACCACACACACACACACACACGCGCACACACACACACACACACACACACACACAGAUGAAACCUCAUUUCUAAGUUUAGUCACAGACUCUCAGACCUGUUCAGGGUCCACCAAAACCACCAACACCACCCAGAGGUGGAGUUCAGGGCCUGAAGUUUCACACUUGUAUCCUCCACUCGUGACCUUCACUCGCUCCCUAGUCCCUAGAGAUGCUUGCAGAGACAGCAUGAGGUCCGUUUUAUCAGAGUCCAGGUCUGUGAGGGUCGAUGUGACGCGUUUGUUAACCUGACAGUGAAGUCAUGAAGAUCCUAGAUGGACUGGUCUGGAGGAGAACCUGAUCCUGAAGAUCGGACUCUGACUCACUUCUUUGUUAACAUGAAACUCUAUGAGAGUACGCUCACUUUGGGGGGCAGCCCCUGGUGGACACAGGAGGUUCUGCAGGUCUUCACUGGACUUUAAACACACACCUUUACAGUGUCUAACCUGUGUGUGUGUGUGUGUGCGUGUGUGUGUGCGUGUGUGUGUGUGUGUGUGUGUGUGUGUCUCUCUCUUCCAGCUGUGCGGGGGUCUCAUCAUGGGCUUUGGACUCUGGCUCCUCCUGGACAAUCAGAGCUUCAUCGUGGUCCUGAGUAAGUCCUUCUCCUCAUCAGACCUCGGGGUCUCGGGGUCUCGGGGUCUCGGGGUUUCAUGGUCUUUCCUUUCGGACCCGGUUCUUUCUUAUGGGGGAGGGGGGGUGCAGAGGUUCCUCCAGGUGUUUAGGGGUCAAAGAAAAGCUUCUUCUCUGACAGAUGAGACUGAAACCAGGUCUCCAGGUUUGUGUGUGUGAAGAUCAGCUGACGGUGCCACACUGAACAUCUCCAGAUGUUCCAGGUUUUGAGGUCGGACAUGUUUUUUCUUCUUUAACGAGGUUUUUGUUUUCCUCGACCAUGUGUCGGCCACUCGGUCCUGCUGGGUCUGAUUUGUUGGAGCUCGUGGACUCGGCGGUCUUCAGGGGUGAUGUAAGGUCUUCACAGAAGAAGAUCUGCUCCUCCUUCACUGAGACAGCCAAUCAGAGCAAAGGAGGAGCAGACGCCUGUUUGUUCUGCCGGCGAUUUUCGCCGUCCGCCAAUUCCUACCAGAUCUGUUUGUGAGGCGAGUUUCAUGGCGGAUUUUGGACAGUAGAAUCACGAGAACUCACAAGAACCUGCAGAUUCACGUCAAUCACACGAUAACGAGUUGUCUCUCUAAAGACAGACACAUAGACAUAUAAGCAGUAGAUUGUGUCCUUCCAGAGGAGGAAAUCUACUUCUAGACUUCUAGAAUCAGCAUCUCCUCAUCCAUGGUGUCAUCGGGGUGAAAUGACGUCUAAAAACCUUUCACUUGUUAGUCUCCGCCCGUUUGCAUGGUGUGAAAUACGAUCCUCCUGAAACACGGAGUGUUUUAUUUUGAAAAGAAGCCGGAUGUUUUAUUUUGAAGUCUGUGCCCGACUUCCUUUCCAGCACGGGUUAAUCUGUGCUGAAUUUAUCCGCCAUGCUCCGGCGUCCAGAAAAAAUAGAACUCUUGUGAUCAGCUGAGGAGUCCGGCGAUCCGCAGAGGAACGGAAAGAAGUCGGUGUAAAUUGACACGUUAACUUGAAUGGUUACGAUCAGCUACGAUCGGAGGAUACGACCUUUUAGGAGACGAUCAGGAUGAAGGUGGAGGUCGGGGGUCAGACUCUGAGUCAUGAUGUUGUGAAGCUCUUCUAUCAGAGGCGACAGGAACACCUGGACCUGCUGCUGCUGAUGAUGAUGAAGAUGAUGAUGAUGUCCACGGAUGGACCUGGUCUCCUCCAGGAUCUGACUUCAUGCAGAGUAAACGGGUUUUUAUCAGUUUGUACAGUUCGGGUUAGACGCUCUAUCUUUAUCCCGUCACCAUGGCGACAGCUGCUGCUUUAAAUACGGGGUUACCGUCUGUACUUCCUGUCAGUUUUAGUCUGCUCAGUUUCCGUUUACAGACUUCCUGCUCUCUGUUUACUGUCUCAGGGUCAGACUCUAACUUUGUUCACAUGUUCUCCUGAGUUAAAAAAGUUAGGAGCACAAAGAACUUUAGGGGAUCAAUGAAAACUGAUCAAUAAUGUUUGUCUUAUUGAUCGACCUUAGUACUAUUAUUAGAAAUCAAUUUGAGGUCUUUUGGUCACAUGACAGUGAAGCUAUUGAAGGAAAACAGCCUUUUCUGAGAACAUCAACCGGUAAUUUAUUGACGGUCCCUUAUUCAACACUGACGUUGACAGUGAGGGUGUCGAGUAGAUUUAACCGCGCUGCUGUUGUUAUUCCCGGUUAUGGAGAGUGAGAAGACACCGGUAGAUCCUCAGAGAAUGUCCGACAGAUAUCCAACCUAAAACUAACUUCACCGCCGUAUUUACAGGAAAAUAUAUCCAACCUGAAACUAACUUCACCGCCGUAUUUACAGGAAAAUAUAUCCAACCUGAAACUAACUUCACCGCCGUAUUUACAGGAAAAUAUAUCCAACCUGAAACUAACUUCACCGCCGUAUUUACAGGAAAAUAUAUCCAACCUAAAACUAACUUCACCGCCGUAUUUACAGGAAAAUAUAUCCAACCUGAAACUAACUUCACCGCCGUAUUUACAGGAAAAUAUAUCCAACCUAAAACUAACUUCACCGCCGUAUUUACAGGAAAAUAUAUCCAACCUGAAACUAACUUCACCGCCGUAUUUACAGGAAAAUAUAUCCAACCUGAAACUAACUUCACCGCCGUAUUUACAGGAAAAUAUAUCCAACCUGAAACUAACUUCACCGCCGUAUUUACAGGAAAAUAUAUCCAACCUCAAACUAACUUCACCGCCGUAUUUACAGGGAAAUAUAUCCAACCUGAAACUAACUUCACCGCCGUAUUUACAGGAAAAUAUAUCCAACCUGGGUCUGUCAUGUGACCCUAAAUUUAUUUGACAGUUCACACACGUCUGUUUUAAGUGGUGAAUGUGAAACGGUCACACUGUCGAGUCCUGGAUCACUGACCUGAAGAAGAGGAGGAGGAGGACUUUCAGACGGGCUGUGGUCCUGAGGAGAGUCCACAUGAACCCAGAAGAGGUUCAGGACUCUGUGAGAGACUGUGUGAGCGAACAGCUCAACAGUUUCAGAAUAAAGUGGAUUUCAUCGUCUACUGAACAUCAAAUCAUUAAAGAUUUAGUGGAUCUGGAGAAACCUCUGGACUAAAGGGGGCAAAAGACCAGAACCAGGACUGGAUGGUCAGGGUGUUAAAAACAAACAGGACUCUGGAGUUGGAAUCUACGCAUGUUUCACCGAAACGCCUCAACGAAGUCCAGCUGUCCUUUCCACAAAGAAGUGGAAAUCAUAGAUGCUUCAUCCUCAUUCUGACAACAUCAUGGUUCUGGAGGAGAAGAGUCCUGCUGAGAACCUGGACUAGAAUCAGAACCAGGACUCUGGUGACAUCAGUGUGUUGUUGAGGAUCAGGACUGAAGUUUUCUCUCUGAAUCAGUGACAGUCCGAGUUUAUGAGGCGAGGAUAAAGAGAGACGAGUGACACACUCUCUGACUGUGUCUGAUUACAGCAGCUCAGUGUGUGUGUGUGUGUGUGUGUGUGUGUGUGUGUGUGUGUGUGUGUGUGUGUGUGUGUGUGUGUGUCUCAGUGAGGACGUCGUCGUUGUUGUUUGUCCCUCCCUGCAGGUGUCCUCUCUCUCACACACUGAGCUCUUUCUGCUCCGUCCAGAUCAACAUGCGUCACAUCAGCCCAGUGCGCUCACUGCCUUACUCACAACCACACACACUCUCUCUCUCUCUCUCUCUCUCUCUCUCUCUCUCUCUCUCUCUCUCUCGGAUGUCAGGGGUGCGUCAUACAGCAGUAACGGCGCUCUGUGGCGGGUUAAGCUAACGUCGGACAGAUUAUCUUUGUGUCUGUCCAUAAAGGAGACGUAUUGAUGCUGCGUGACCAUGAUCCAGACGGGGAGAGUGUGUGUGUGUGUGUGUGUGUGUGUGUGUGUGUGUGUGUGUGUGUGUGUGUGUGUGAGGGGUGAAAUCAGCUGCUGUAUCUGGACUGUACUGAGUCAGAGAGCAGCUCCUGUCUGCUCCAGGGUUAGAUCAGAGAUUCAGAAGAAGACCUGAUCUGUGAAGGACACUUGAACUGGAGCUCUUUAUCUUUAUUAUGUAGAUUUACCUGUUUAUAAAAACAUAUUAGGGCUGGGCGAUAAAACCGUAACGAUUUAAAUACAAAAUUAAUUUCCCUCAAUAUCAAUAUAAAACAUGAUCAAUAUGCUUUUCAAUAGUCGUCAUUCUGACAUGUUUUGGUCGACUAUACGAACAGCCAAUGAAAAGGGGAGUGUCUCCGGGUCUGAACCAAUCAUGUUCUGAAUUAGAACCAAGUAUCAACCAACUGCAGCGUCGUAGCAGACAGCAGCUCCACCCAACCAUAGCACUUUAACAGGUGAAGCCGACAGCACUGUUGGUGAGAAACAAAGAAAAUGAGUGCUACCCCCGACAGAAAUGACCAUGAAGGCUCAACAGAUGACCACAUCAAUGUCAACCACAACACUGGCGUUAGGAAAACGUCGGUGGUGUGGAGGUAUUUUGGUUUUUGGAGGUCGGACAUGAAGCAGAGUAAUGUGGACUGUAAAUUAUGUCGAGUACAUGUUCUCACAAAGUCGGGGAAUACCUCAAAUCUUUUUCACCACCUGAAGCAGCGCCACGCCGCAGAGCACGCGCAACGCCAAAGGUUACAAACCCCGAGAGGAGCGAGGAGCCCAUGGCGCCCGAAACAGACGACCAUUCAGUCGUCUUUCUGUAGAGCGACGCCUUACGACAAAACGCCAAAGAGACACAAAGACCUCACAGAUGCAGGAGAUUAUUGAAAAGACAUGAGACCAAGAAACACUGUUAGAUUUUUAGAUCCUGAUAUUGAUCCAUAUCAGCUGAUAGGAAAACAAUAAUAUAUCCUGAUAAACUUUUAACCUUAUCACCCAGCCCUACUUCAUAUAUAUAUGUGUGUGUGUGUGUGUGUGUAUUCAUAUGUAUGUCUAUACACACACACACACACACACGUUUUAAAGCGAUGGACUGACCCAGGUCCAGGUUUUUCCUCUCUCCCAGUUUUCUGGGUUUUUGUUUGGAUCUGGUUGUCCUGGUUUGGUUUACUGCUCCCCUGAGGGUUUCCCAUGAUGCCUUGGGGCGGCGAGGCCUGUGUGAGGAAAGCGGGUCGGUGGUGCAGAGCGUUAGCAGACUUGGAUCGACUGACGUGGUUCAGUUCUGCAGUCAGAUGAAACCUGAUCCCAGUCCCUCCUCAGACGGGCUCUGACCCGGGUUAACGGGAUCUGUUGGACCCGGAUCACUCACAGACCGGAUCAGACUGACCCUGCAGACCAAAGCUUGCUCCUGGUCUCUGCAGGUCUACUGAGUCUGGUUUCACUUUCCUAGAGUUUAUGGAGUUCAGAUGGUUCCGGUCCAGACUCGAGUCUGCAGCCUCCAGGAAGUUCUGCAGGAGGAGAGAGGAGAGAAGGAGAGGAGAGAAGAGAAGGAGAGAAGGAGAGAAGGAGAGGAGAGGAGAGGAGAGAGAAGGAGAGAAGGAGAGGAGAGAAGAGAAGGAGAGAAGGAGAGAAGGAGAGGAGAGAGAAGGAGAGAAGGAGAGGAGAAGAGAGGAGAGAGAAGGAGAGAAGGAGAGGAGGAGAGAGAAGAGAAGGAGAGGAGAGAGAAGGAGAGGAGAGGAGAGAGAAGGAGAGAAGGAGAGGAGAGGAGAGAGAGAGAGAGGGAGAGAAGGAGAGAAGGAGAGGAGAGAGAAGGAGAGGAGAGAAGAGGAGAAGAGAGAGAAGGAGAGAAGGAGAGGAGAGGAGAGAAGGAGAGAAGGAGAGGAGACAAGAGAGAAGGAGAGGAGAGGAGAGGAGGAGAGAAGGAGAGAAGGAGAGGAGAGCAGAGGAGAGGAGAAAGAAGGAGAGGAGAGGAGAGGAGGAGAGGAGAGAAGAGAGGAGGAGAGAAGAGAGAGAGAGAAGGAGAGAAGGAGAGGAGAGCAGAGGAGAGGAGAGAGAAGGAGAGAAGGAGAGGAGAGAGAAGGAGAGGAGAGAAGAGGAGAAGAGAGAGAAGGAGAGAAGGAGAGGAGAGAAGAGAGAAGGAGAGAAGGAGAGGAGACAAGAGAGAAGGAGAGGAGAGGAGAGAGAAUGAGAGAAGGAGAGGAGAGAGAAGGAGAGGAGAGAAGAGGAGAAGAGAGAGAAGGAGAGAAGGAGAGGAGACAAGAGAGAAGGAGAGGAGAGGAGAGGAGAGAGAAGGAGAGAAGGAGAGAAGGAGAGGAGAGGAGAGAGAAGGAGAGGAGAGAAGAGAAGGAGCGGAGAGAGAAGGAGAGAGAAGGAGAGGAGGAUGGAGGAGAGGAGAGAGAAGGAGAGGAGAGAAGAGAAGAGAAGGAGAGGAGAGAGAGGGAGAGGAGGAGGGAGGAGAGGAGAGAGAAGGGGAGAAGGAGGAGAGGAGAGAGAAGGAGAGGAGGAGAGAGAAGAGAAGGAGAGGAGAGAGAAGGAGGGAGAAGGAGAGGAGGAGGGAGGGGAGGAGAGGAGAGAAGAGGAGAGAAGAGAGAAGGAGAGGAGGAGAGAGAAGGAGAGGAGGAGAGGAGAGAGAAGGAGGAGAGGAGGAACAGCAGGAUGAACACGAGUGAAGACCUGUUUUCAAUUCAGGACACACACACACACUCACACACACACACACACACACACACACUCACACACACACACACGCACACACACACUGACACACCGGGGGAACAGGCUCAUAGACUAAGGGUACAUUUAAGUUUCCUAGAGUUGCAUCCUUGCUUCCUUCACUUGGGUCUCUUCCUCACCUUUUAGCCCCUCCCACCAGACGUGUACAGAGCGCUGAAGCCUCUUUUUUUUCGGUGUCAUGUCAGCUGAUCAUCAGCUGUAACAGCUGUUCCUGUCUGCACACAGCUGCCCCCCCCCCCCCCCCCAGCCCCAAUAGGAGGCGCCACUGAGCACAGUAGAUUUGAUACUUUCUCAUUCAACCAAUGAAGACGCCCCCUGCUGGACGUUAGAGAGGGUGCAGGUUAUUUACUGGUACAGACAGAUAUAGAUGUAUAACACCAGAUUUCACCAACAACUCACAGACCGGAAGGAGACAUCUAUAAGGAGAACAAAGAGCUUUAAAAACAGAUAACAAAAAUAAGUGAAGACAUGAAAAUAAGUGAAGACAUGAAAAUAAGUGAAUACAUGCAUCAAAAAAAAGAGAAGAAGAAGAAGAGCUGCUGAAAAUAACCUGAACAACUGCUCCAGAGUUUUUAACUGUAAACAUGAUGAUUCUGACUCUGUUUAUUCACUAGUAUUAUUAUUAUUAUUAUUAUUAUUGUCAUUAUUGUUAUUAUUAUUAUUGUUAUUAUUAUUGUUAUUAUUAUUAUUGUCAUUAUUGUUAUUGUUAUUGUUAUUUUUAUUAUUAUUGUUAUUAUUAUUGUUAUUGUUAUUGUUAUUGUUAUUGUUAUUAUUAUUGUUAUUAUUAUUAUUAUUGUUUUUAUCAUUAUUAUUAUUAUUGUCAUUAUUGUUAUUAUUAUUAUUAUUGUUUUUAUUAUUAUUAUUAUUAUUAUUAUUAUUAUUAUUGUUAUUUUUAUUAUUGUUAUUAUUGUUAUUAUUGUCAUUAUUAUUAUUAUUAUUAUUAUUAUUAUUGUUGUUAUUAUUGUCAUUAUUGUCAUUAUUGUUAAUAUUGUCAUUAUUGUUAUUGUCAUUGUUGUCGUUCUAGUGCCGUCCUUCUUCGGCAGCAUUAUUGUAAAAACCGUUUGAUUGAAAUUGAAAAAGAAAAAUUGAAUGUAAAAAUAAUGGAGCAGCGGUCUGAUGUGAACGUCUCAGAGCUGAUCUUUAUUCGGUCUUUGGUCCUCCUCAGGUAGCUCCAUGGCGGUGAAGGUGGCGUGCUACAUCCUGAUUGGCGUCGGAGCGUUCUCCAUGCUCAUGGGCUUCCUCGGCUGUGUGGGCGCCAUCUACGAGAUCCGCUGUCUGCUGGGUCUGGUGAGGCACAGUCUGUGUGUUUGCAGACAUAAGAGUAGAUCAAUCACAUAUAAACAUUUAAAGAACAGUCAUAUAUGAUAAUAUUGUGUUAUAAAAUAUAAACACAUAUAAAUAAAAUCAUCCUCUAGUCUAUGAAGAAGUGACUCCUGUGAGGACCUCCUCAGGUGUGCUGACCUCUCCUCUCUCGUCUCCUUCCUCAGUACUUCACCUGCCUCCUCCUCAUCCUCAUCGCUCAGGUUGCAGCAGGCGCUCUCAUCUACUUCCAGAAGGAUGUGGUGAGUGAUGUCACUUCCUUUUCCUGUCCUGGCAGCAUGCACGCAGCACAGGAGCAUGAUGGGAGUUCAUGGUGUUGCUGCUCUGGUGUGAAACGUUGUGAAUAUCUGCAGCAUACCUGUUAAUGACACACCCUCGUCCUCUGAUUGGUCCAGGACACACCCAGGACGUGUCACAACACGCCGCCAUGACGGCGAGCAUGAGCAUCAGACAAGCAGGAUUGUGAUAACACAAACACAAAGUAACAGUCAGUGAAGUGCAGAGUCUGGUGCUGCAGCGCCCUCUGGUGGUCGUUCACUCUCUUUACCACCUUUUUUCUGCAGAUAUAGAGAUAGAUUGAGAUAGAUAUUGAUAUAGAUAUUGAUAUAGAUAUUUAGAGAUAUAAACGAGCUGCAGGAAAAUGUGUUAGUGUGAAAAAGAGAAACAAACACGUCUUUGUCUCUCUGUGAGACUUUCCAUUAACACGAAACGGUUUUUGUUUUUGUUCCGUCAGGUGAACGAGGAGAUGUCCAAGAUCGUCAGCAAAGUUCUGGAUAACUACCCCGGAAACAACUCGACCACAGAGCAGGCCUGGGACUUCAUCCAGAGGAACGUGAGUACGGCGCUGAGCUCAGGUCUUAGAGGACAGGAGUGGGUUUAAAAAGGUCCAGGAGGAGGUCCAGGAGGACGAGUCUCUGUCUGCGGCUCACAGCCUCCGAUCUCUUCAGAGAGACAAACUGAAUGAUCCUAAAUGAUCAGAUAAUUCACCGUCACAACCAAGCAUCAUCAUCAGUACUGUCCCUCCCCCCCUGUAGAUGGAGUGCUGCGGGUGGAGCGGGCGGAUGGACUGGAGCGGGAACAUGGUCAUCACGAACAGCUCGCAGCUCCUGUUUCCUUGUUCCUGUCAGAACGUCUCGCUGUCCUCCGGAAACUUCUCUGAGAGCGGCUUCUGUGAGGCUCAAACCCCCGACUGGCCCGUUUACGACACGGUAACCAUCCCGUCCACUACACCUGUCUGUGACUCUGCUGCUGCUGCCGUGGUAACCUGACUCUGUCUGUGUGUGUGUGUGUGUGUGUGUGUGUGUGUGUGUGUGUUUAGGGCUGUGCCGACAGCGUGGAGAGCUGGCUCCUCACAAACAUCGGGGUCGUCCUCGGGAUCUGUCUGGGAGUCGCUUUCAUCGAGGUGCUGCUCCAUUUUCCCUCAUUAACACUCUGGGUCUGUUUUUAAGGGAUAAAAUAUUUAAAAUAUUUCUGAGCAUAAAGUAUUUUAAGUAUUUUAAAUAUUUUAAAUAUUUCCAAGGAUGAAAUAAUUACAAUAAUUUAUUUAUCUCCAAUAUUUCAUUCUUGGAAAUACUUAAAACAUUAUAAAUAUUUUUGAAGGAUAAAAAACUGUUUAUAGAAUAUUUAAAAUAUUUCCAACAAUGAAGUCUAAAAAAAAUCAUUCAUCCUUAAAAUUACUCAAAACAAUCAAAAUAUUUUCAAGGAUGAAGUAUUUAAAAUAUUUAAAAUAUUUCAAAGGAUUAAAUAUUUCAAAUAUUUCAUCCUUGAAAAACUUAAAACAUUAGAAUACUGUAUAUAGAAUAUUAGAAAUAUUUCCAAAAAUUAAAAUUUAAAAAUAUUUCUAAGGAUAAAAUAUUUUAAAUACUUGUGUAUAAAUAUACAUAUAUACAUACAUAUAUAUACAUAUACACAUACAUAUAUAUAUAUCAGUUUCUGAGUCUCACUCAUGAAUUGUCCGUUAAUCUGAAGAGUUGCACACAAAUGUCAAAGGCAGUAAAAACCUUCUCUGGACUCAUGACAGGGGGCGCUCUCGUCUUAUUUCACAAAUGCCAUUUAAUCCUGACUGAAACCCAGUCUGUCUGUGGGAUCUGAAGAAGUGUCCAUCACAUGUUUGAAUGAAUCUAAAUAAAUAUUUAUAUGUAAUAUUAUUAUAUUUAAUAUCUUCAUAUGAGGUCCUGCAGGUCUGACCCGUGUUUGUGUUUGUGUUUGCAGCUGCUGGGGAUGAUCCUGUCUCUGUGUCUCUGCAGAAACAUCCACACAGAGGAUUACACUAAAGUGCCAAAGUACUGAGGCUGCACUGCACACACACACACACACACACACACAGACACACACACACAGACACACACAGACAAAGAGGGAAAUGGUCCGAUCAUGUUGUUGUUUUUUUUACCCUGUAUUUGGUGACAGAUUUCGCCUCCGUGUCAAAGACUGCUCAUUGCUCUCUCUCUAUAGUAUUAGCUGAUUCUCUCUGAGGCACUUGUUCCAUCGAUUUUUACCGUCAGUUUGGUUUUUUAGAGCGAUGCUGAAAAAGUUUAAAAGAGGAGGAGUCUGUUUAAAAGGUGUUAAAGGUUAAAGGUCACGCUCUCCUCCCUCUGUACGUCGGCGCUCGGCGGUCUCAGUUUCCCUAAAAUCCUCUUAAACGUGUGCGAAGCUGAGCUCCUUGAAAACCUGGAAUGAUGUGGUUCUUGUUUUAUUUUUCUACACCAGCGCUCUGAGUUCCUGUUGAAAGGUUUUUAGUACUUUGUAAAUAAUUUUAGUCUUUGUGUGAAUUGAAAUCUAAAAGCAGCUGGUCUCUCCUGUGAAGAUGUCCGGAUCUCCUUCUUGUGAUAACAGGAAUAAUAUUAUUAAUGAUAAUGAUAAUGUUGAGGUACUAAAGAGGAACUUUUGGAUGGUACUGGUUCUUCUGAGAGUACCUCUCCCAGUGAAAUGAGACUUUGAGUUUCUGACCCACUUUAACCCGAGGGCUGCCGUGUCUGAGGAGUUCCUUCUAACCACUUAAAGAGCCGUACUGUGGAGCAGAGGUGAUCUUCUUUUCAGGGGAAAUGGACCAGGUGACGUGUUUAUAAGAAAAAUCCAAAUGUAUUUACUUUUAACUUCCUGUUUUUAUAAUGUACAAAUCCAGCCUCCUGUUUUUCUCUCUCUGUACAGUCUGUAUGAAAAACUCUCCUCCUCCUCCUCCUCCUUCACUAACCGCUCUAACCGUCGAUUAGAAGGUACUUUGAUUUGUAAGCAGACAAACUUUAAAGUAGAACCCUGCAUAAAGACGUGUUUACUCACAACCUUCAAUUUCUUUGGUUUUGUCAAUAAACUCAUCACACAACUCUGUUCGCUGCUCUUU